GCAUGUUGUUGUUGUCCUCAUCUCUGCUCGUUGGCCCGUCCCACUCGAUCGUCUUAUUCCACCUUACAACCGUUGGACUGACAAUCUAAUUACUAGUACAUAUACAGAUUUGGAGGCCAUGCAAUAUUCGUAGUUCUUAUUAGCUUCCUUCUCCUCUUCUCGAUCACCAUUCAUUAUAAUUGUUGCGGCUAUGGAAGAUCUCGGUAUGGUCUUUCUAUACCUCGGCUUAACGAUGUCUGGUCUAGUUCAGGGGAGUACUUAUAACGGUGAUAGAGUUAGUUAUGAAGCGUGCGAGGCGAACGCGACGAGGCCGCACGGGCACAGGAGCUGGUUCAAGCCGACGAGCCAGCAGACGAUCGUGGUGAACGCCGACGGCUCCGGCGACUUCCUGUCGGUGCAGGAGGCGGUGGACUCCGUCCCGGAGAACAACACCAAGCGGGUCGUAAUCCACAUCCAUGCCGGCUCCUACAUAGAGAAGGUGACGGUGCCGGCGACGAAGCCGUACAUCACGUUCCACGGCGCCGGCCGCGACGUGACGGUGAUCGAGUGGCACGACCGCGCGAGCGACCGGGGCCCCAACGGCCAACAGCUACGGACUUAUAACACCGCCUCCGUAACGGUUUUCGCUAGUUAUUUCCGAGCUAGAAACAUCAGCUUCAAGAAUACAGCGCCAGCGCCGAUGCCCGGAAUGGAAGGGUGGCAAGCGGCGGCGUUCCGCAUCUCCGGCGACAAAGCGUAUUUCUUCGGGUGCGGCUUCUACGGAGCGCAGGACACGCUGUGCGACGACGCCGGCCGGCACUACUUCAAGGACUGUUACAUCGAGGGCUCCAUCGACUUCAUCUUCGGCAACGGACGGUCCAUGUACAAGAAUUGCCAGAUCCACUCGGUCGCAAACCGAUUCGGGUCGAUCGCGGCGCAGGACCGGAACAGCCCGUGCGAGCGGACCGGGUUCGCGUUCGUGAACUGCCAGGUGACCGGGACGGGGAAGCUGUACGUGGGGCGGGCGAUGGGGCGGUACUCGCGCAUCGUCUUCGCCUACACCUACUUCGACGACGUGGUGGUGCCCGGCGGCUGGGACGACUGGGACGACAACAGCAACAAGAACAAGACGGCGUUUUUCGGGGUGUACAGAUGCUUCGGACCGGGUUCGGCGGCGGUUCGUGGGGUUUCGUGGGCGAGAGAGCUGGACUACGAGAUGGCUCGGCCGUUCAUCGCCCAGAGCUUUGUGAAUGGAAGACACUGGCUCGAGCCUUCGGAUCCCUGAGAGAUUCAAAAAAAAAAAAAAACAAUGUGUUCGUUAGUUAGUUAAUUAAUUUACGUGCCAUAAGAUUACGUACAGGAAUUAAUAGAAUGUGACAGCAUUGAUUAAUUAAUUGUUUCUUUAAGAAUAAGUUUUAACUUAUUCGGUGUACUGCAUGUGUCCAUUAAGGAACUAAUUACCUUACUCAGAAUUCCAAAUGAAUCUUGUGUUUGAAA